GCUAUUACUCUGCAAGAGACAGGCGUCUAACAAUAAGGUUGGGGGAGCAUGAAUAUGUUUCCACUUUUCGAGGUUUUUAUUUGAGUUGUGGUGAUUUCAAGUGCUCUAAAGGUCUCCAUUGCACAGUUGCAGACAUCUGUUAGCAUUGGAGACUCCAGUGAACGUGCCAGGAGCCAGCCAGCCUGAGUUGAGUCGGCAGCAGCGUGACAACACCUGCGUCAAAAUGGCCGACAACAGUCCGCUUCUGGUGAAACAGCUGACAGCCGAGGACUUCAACCCGGCGCGCUUCGUGCAGGACGUGACGCAGCAAUGCGUGGGCGGCCUGGAGCUGCGCCAGCAUCGCCAACUGAUUCAGCAGAUCGCUGAGAGCACGAGCAGCGAGCUCAAGAAGAAUGUUUACCGUAACUACCAACAGUUCAUCCACACGGCCAAGGAGAUCCAGUACCUGGAGGGCGAGAUGUACCAGCUGUCGCACCAGCUGACGGAACAGCGCUCGCUGCUGUCCUCGCUGUGCGACGCGCCGCCGGCGACCGCCGCGCUGCAGGCACCGCCGCCGGCCGGCCAGCCGGAGCCGGCGCCGGCGGCGCGCGAGCCCGCGCCGGACGAUCUGGAGGAGCGCCGCCGCCAGCUGCUGCAGCUGAUGGACCGUGUGGAGGGCGCGGCGCACAUCCGCGAAGUGCCCAGCCGCUACCAGGUGUACGAGAGCGACCUG